AUGGAAAUUCUCCUAUUUUAUUUAUUGCAAGAGACUUGUAGAGAAGCUUUCCUAUAUAUUUCAGGUUCCAAAGUGACAAAAAUUGAAGCGACAGUGGUGCCCUGUACACAGAUUUCCAUGUCAUUUUUUGAUCGGCUAUACUCUGAAGGAGUUGUUAGAGAAACUGGAGAUAUUGUGAAAUGUUAUGAUGACUAUUACGAUGAUAUUCUCAUCUCUGAUGAAUUAAGGAAGGUCUUGCUUCUGGAAGAUUCAGACCACUAUGACCUAUUCAGUCAAUUGGAUCGCAAGGAAUUCCUGUUCUGUCUUUUUAAGCAUCUUUGCAUUGGAGGAACUCUUUGCCAGUUUGAAGAUGUAGUUGGCCCAUACUUGGAAACUACAAAAGCUUUAUAUAAAGACUUGGUGAGUGUCCAAAAGAAUCCUGAAACAAAAGAAAUAUGUAUUAUUUCUUCAGUCUUCAAAGUGUCUGCAUAUGAUGAGGAUGGCCUAUGUUACCCUUCAAGGAAAAGCCAUGAACAGACGUUUGCCUACUUGAUUGUGGAUCCCUGCAAGCGACACGUGCACGCUCUGUACCACUGUUUUGGUGGAAGCUUCUUUAGCACCUAG